AUGAUUUACGGGAAGAAGACUGAUUCCAACGGAGAUUUCCAAAUUGCCUUACUUCGAGACAGGGUGCUGAAUUACGUCUACUGGCAAAUAUGCAAUGAGCUUUUCUUCAUCAACACUAUCCCACAGGUCGCUGCCCUUGGUCCUCAAGUUGAUGUACAACAGGAGGUGAAUCUAUCGGAAUCUUGUCGAGCUCACCAGACCGUUAAUACCGAUUGCCAAUUAAUCAGUCUUGCCAAUGACCUACAUGACCCGAUACUUAAAAGUCUCCUCACAUGCAGACCUGGGAAACCUCUGAAGAAACACUUCUCCGAUCAAUGCGAAGCCUGUAUGCGAGGAGUCUGCUGUGUUCCGAAUUCGUCCAAAGUCACCGAAAUUAGCCGUGGACCACGUGUACAGCUACACGAACCCCAUAUUCGUCAUCGUAGACAAAAUCCCAGUCCUAACAAGAUUGAUAAUGGCGGGGAGGAGGAGAGCGUUAUCUCUGAACAGAAGGUUGAAACUGCGGCUUCUGUUGAGAGUGAACAAGUGGAGCAGAGCAUGGCCAAACUAUGCCUCAAUGUGCCUACAAAUCGUACACAAUUUGGAUUGACUGGAUCACCAGACAAGAGAGGAGGAGACGACGUUGCCUUCGGAUUAUUGAGGGUGGGAGAAUGGUUAGAGAACACGACAAAAACUCGGGUUAUGAAGAGGUGGAAGUCGUGCGGUGAUCUUGUGGCAGCUUAUGAAGAGAUGACCGCGAAAGAAAUACACUGA